AAUGCCUUUUCCUAGUCUACCUGAACUCUUCUUCAAACGACGUUCAAAAGAAUUCGAAAAGUCAAAUUCAACUGUUACAGAUUCUCUAUUUAUGGAAUUGGAAUAUCAAAUUAAAAAAAUCGAAUAUCAACAAAGAAAUCGACUAAAAGAAGAAAAGCUUAAGAAAGCAUCUGCAAACUAUAAAUGGCUUAUGACAUCGAAUUUAAAGCCAUACAAAUUAUCUCAAUCCGACAGAGAAGAUUUGAAAGGAUAUUUUAAACAAAUUCAACAAAGUGAAAGACAAAGAGUGAUAAUAUUAUUCAGGAAUGGUUUGAUACUAGAAAAAGAUCCUAAAAACUUAAUAAAUACAAUGAAGUUUUCAAUUGAACAAGUGCUAAGAGAAAGACCUAAAGAAGAAAUUAUUGGCGUACGCCAACACAAGUAUUUAUGGAAAUUAAUGAAUUUUAUGCCAUCUGCAAGAGUUACUCCAACUAUCUCUAAAGCAGAGUUAAAUCAAUCUAAAUCUUGUGCUAGCUUGAGAAUAUAA